UCCCACUUCCAUCAUCAUCAUCAUCUCCACUUCUCAUUCUAGAGAGUUCCUCAGUUCCCAACCCUAGAAGACAGGUUAUUUCUCAUCGUGCAUGGCAUUGAGCCUCCUGUCUCACGAGGUAUCGGACCUCUGUCUCGGCAAGCCACCGCUGCGGUGUCUCUCCGCCGUCUCCGCCACUGUCUCCGACGCCGUCGCCGCCCUCAAAUCCUCCGGCGAGCCCUUCCUCAGUGUCUGGGGUUGCAACCACCAGCAUCACGAGGACGACGAAGAAAACGAUGGGUCAGAUUGUGAGUGUGUCGGGAAGAUCUGCAUGGCCGAUGUGAUCUGUCAUCUGUCCAAAGACGAGAACACCCUCUUGUCUCCUUCUGCUGCAUUGAAAGCACCCAUCUCUGUCCUUCUCCCCGAAACCCGUGCCCUCGUUGUCCAUGUCCAACCCUCCUGCAGAUUACUGGAAGCCAUCGAUCUGAUAAUCCGAGGGGCGCAGAACCUUAUUGUCCCGAUUCAGACAAAACCCAUCACGAAACGAAGACAGCAGAAGCUGCAGAGCCAAAACGCCGCCGUUUCGAUCACCACCACCGUCCACAAGAACGGUCGCCAAUUCUGCUGGAUCACACAAGAAGACAUCAUCAGAUUCCUUCUCGGAUACAUCGGACUCUUCUCUCCUCUUCCGGCGAUCUCCAUCGCCGACCUCGGCAUCAUCAACAGCACCUACGCGAUCCUCGCCGUCGAUUACAACUCCUCCGCCGCCUCCGCCGUCCCAGCCAUCUCCCUCGCCCUCGCCGACCAGACCUCUGUCGCCGUCGUCAACGGCGCCGGCGACCCGACAAUGGCCCUAAUCGGCGAGAUCUCUCCGCUGACGCUCGCCUGCUGCGACGAGUCCGCCGCCGCCGCCGUCGCAACCCUCUCCGCCGGAGACCUCAUGGCGUACAUAGACGGCGGAGGACCUCCGGAGAGCAUCCUUCAGGCCGUCAAGAACCGGCUGGAGGAGAAAGGUCUGGUGGGUAUGCUGUCGUUGGUGGAAUCGUUGUCUGCUUGUUCGCCGGACGAGGAAUCUCCGGCGAGAACGUACGGAAAGGCGGUGAACAGUUCGGCGGCGAGGAGGUCGGAGGCGAUAGUGUGCAAUCCGAAGAGCUCGUUAAUGGCGGUGAUGAUACAAGCGAUAGCACAUCGGGUGAAUUACGUGUGGGUGAUGGAGACGGAUUGCAGUUUGGUGGGCAUCGUCACUUUCGUUGAUAUGUUGAAAGUUUUCAGAGAUUUUUUGGAACAUAUGUGAAUCCAAGUGUUUUGAGUUCAGUUUUUUUUUUUUUUUUUUUUUUUGCAAUAAAUAAGUAGAUCACGACAUUAAGACCUGGUUCCUGAUGCAUUUUGUCUACGUAUAUCGAGUCUCUCCGCUUUUUGGA